CAACAGAUAUCAAGGGUAAAAUAGUCAUUUCAAGGGUACGUGCAUAGUACUAUCAUCAAUUCGGAAUUCCAACAGAGAGGAAGACCAAAAGACCUAGAAAAACAGUAGACUCUCAAAAUGAUCUUCCGAUUCUAUAUAAUGCCACACCUAUAACCACUCUCCGAUCACUCACAGUCAAUACAUCAAGUGAUAAAAUGGCGGAAAAAUCAAAAUUGAAACUUGUGUUCUCCGACGAUGAAAGCAGCGGCGACGACGACUACGAUUCCGGCAACGACGUUGAUCUCGGCCUUUCGUUGGAUAAACUGAAUCUCGGCCCUAAGAAGAAGCUUCUCGUGCUCUGCCUUGGCGGAUUACUGGUUCACAGGGUUCACCUGAAGAAUCAGUCCACUGUUCGAGGACUUCGCCCCGACGUCGUUUAUGGAAAAUUCUGGGUUUUUAAGAGGCCAUUUUGCACUGAUUUCCUGAAAUUCUGCUUCGAACGAUUUGAAGUUGCGCUGUGGUCCUCUGCAAUGGAACACAAUAUAGAAGGUAUUUUGGAUAAUAUCACUGGUGGAAUGAGGAACAAGUUCCUGUUUGUUUGGAAUCAAGAUGAAUGCAUGGAAUCAGAUUAUUUCUGCCUCCAUAACAAUAAAAAGCCACUGUUUCUGAAGAAGACGAAAGACCUGUGGGAGAAGAAGUCAUUAAAGGGACAAUACUCUGCUUCGAACACUCUCUUGAUUGACGACGAACCCCACACGUGCCUCCUCAAUCCGCCUAAUACAGCAAUUUUCCCUCAACCGUACAAGAAGCACGACAGGGGAGAUACCUUACUAGGUCCAGAUGGAGAGCUUCGAAAAUACCUGAAUGGCGUAGCGGAUGCUGAAGAUGUUCAGUCUUAUGUUAAAGAUCAUAAGAUUGGACAGCCUGCGAUUACACCGGAACAUCCAGAUUGGAACUUCUAUUCCAAGGUUGUUCGUCGUUAUGGCAAGAAAGAAGAAACAACUGCUGAAGGUUCCUCAUCUAAGUGAAUAUUAUUGAGUGAUGGGAUUUGCUAUGAAAUGAGUAUUGAAUAAUAUGAAUUUAAAACAAUUAUGAUGUAAUGAAUUUGUGUAGCUCCCCUUGGUUAUGGUUCUCUCUUUUUGAAGCUUUGAAGUGUUAUUAAGUAAUGUUUCUGUUGUUCCUGAAAAUGCAAGUUUUGCUCUUUCGUGAUGAA